GGAACAAACAAACAAACAAACAUGCAGCGGCAAAGAAACGAACAAACGGUGAUGACGAUGGUCGUCUUCGUACAAAAAACAUCCCCAGAACAUCAUCGGAGUAUCAGAAAUCUGCAAUGAGAAAAAUAGAAGACAGAAAAAAACCCCCAUUAUUAAUCAUUCAGUCAACUUUGGGUCAUGUGUGGGGAACUUACUUUACUGGGGCGGCAUCUCAUUCGACGAUAUGAUGAUGAACUCCACAGUCCAGAUCUGCUCCGGGAAGGAACUCCACGUGCGGCGUGUUGUACUCUAAUUCUUCAUAAAGUUUUAUUUCAUUUCGCAGCCAUUCGGUUCACAUCACAACCCUCUCUCUCUGGAGGUGUUAUUCCCCCCCUAAAGAAUGUGUUGAUUGGUGCUCGAUAAUAGUGCAAACAUUCGUUCGUCCGAACGAUCUGUUCGAGAUUGAUCGAAACUGGCAGCAAAACGCUAUAAACCACCGGUACUAAAAGCCGCUCGCAUCACCAACAUCCUGCAUCCCAGCAAAGAAAGCCCAACCGUGGCCCAAACGCAAACCGGUCAAACAUCAUAAUCAGCAACACCCCCCAUUCAGCAUCAUCAAUCGCGCAAUCACCGUCAUCGCGGCAAACGGAUCCCAGCCCAACCCAACCUACCCCACUCCCUCCAGCAGCGAUCCCUUCCCACCACGCUUCCCUACGGGCACGCUAGGGGCACGAACGCAGACCCGCGCCAUAUCGCCAUCAUCACGGAUUCUACGUAGGCGACCCACACCCCAAAAACCGUUUCAAGUUGGAAGGAAAAAUCUUCUCGGCGGUGAACAACUUUCUCACUGCAUCGACCUUCGUCAAAGACAUCAGACAACUGAUCAUGACCCGUCAGACAAACAACGACCCUUCGACAGCACCGGAAGCGGGAUCUAACGCAACAGGCGCGGGCAACGACCAGCAGCAAUAUUCGCACCGGCCCGAAUCCACCAGCGGACACAGUGGCCGUUCGAGUUCACGGUCCCCCAUCGAUCCGUACCGGCAGGACAGCAUUAACCAACCGCCCAGCGACAGUUCCAGCCUGGACGGGAACGUGUUCGUCGAUGGGGCGAACGUGCCACUGCACAGCAAACAGCGCCGCUCGCAGACAACCGAUUCGCUCACUUCCGGCAACAACAUCAGCUACAGCCUAAACAAACGCUUCAUCUCCAAGAACCAAAUGAAGGAGUUCCGGGAAGCGUUCCGGCUGUUCGACAAGGACAACGACGGGUCGAUCACGAAGGAGGAGCUCGGCACGGUGAUGCGCUCGCUCGGCCAGUUCGCACGGGUCGAGGAGCUGCAGGAGAUGCUGCUGGAGAUCGAUGUGGACGGCGAUGGGAACGUUAGCUUCGAGGAAUUUGUCGACAUCAUGUCCAACAUGACGGAUACGGUCGCGGAAACGUCAGCCGAUCAGGAGGAGCGCGAAUUGCGCGACGCGUUCCGCGUGUUCGACAAGCACAACCGGGGCUACAUCACCGCGUCCGAUCUGCGUGCGGUGCUGCAGUGUUUGGGUGAAGAUUUGGAUGAGGAAGAAAUCGAGGACAUGAUCAAAGAGGUGGACGUGGAUGGCGAUGGGCGGAUCGAUUUCUACGAGUUCGUCCAUGCGCUCGGUGAGCCGGAAGAUUCCCAGGAAAACGAUGAGGACGAUGAAAUCGUUUCGCAACGCUCGCCAUCGUUUGAAGUGCAAGUUUAAACCGAAACGCACUCCGCCAUCCUAUAACAUCACGCUG